CUGUCACAAUUGCUAAGCAUUGACACAUCGCAAGGCUGGACGAACGAAAAACUGAGAAAGAAAAUGUGGCUGUGUUUACACAUUAAAUUCGAUCAUCUGGUUUUUGUUCAGUAGUUUCAACCCAAAACUCAUUCUCAUUCGCCCAUAUUAUUUGGUUCAGUAAUGGGCUGCAUUCAAUCGGGGCAGCGAUACAGCACAUUGAAACAAAAACAACACGUAUAGUCUCGAGCAAAAUUGACAGUGUCGAAAUUACGUAUUUAUAUGUGUUUCAAUUUAUAUUUGUCGAUAACAUCGUCGUUGUCGUCGACUGAAUACAAAGUGACAAUCGAACGAGAGAAGAAAAAAAAUAUUGUGUGUGAAACAGAAGAAAAAAAGAAGUUAUGAAUCGAAAAUGAUUUAAAUCUCGCAUUCUCGGUUGUUCGCCAGAACGAAAACAAAACUGGAAAAAAAAGUUUCGGAAGUGCGAGCAAAAUAAAGGCAAAGUGGAAUUUUUCACACAACGAUAUCGGGUGGUUUUGUGUUAGCCGCAUAGAAAGAGACGACAACGAGACGCACAGAGCUCGAACAAAACGGAAAAAUAAAAACAAAGUCAAAUCCCGAUAGCUUCCACAGUAGAAAAAAAAAAUAAAAACGCAAAUUCAUUCUGGUCGAACUGUGUCUUUUUCAAUUCAUUGUUUGUUUAUGUGUUUGGCGUGAGAGGCCGAUUUGAUUUUUCUUCUUUACUUUGUGUGUGGAAUCAAAACAUAUCAUCCUAGAAGUAUAUUUCGAUGUGAAAAGCCAAAUCGAUAUAAAAAAAAUCGCUGUAAUCGCCACCCUUCCACAUCGUCAUAAUGGAUUUAGUUCGUCAAUUUAUCAACUUUUUGGCCAAUUGCUUUCGAUGCAAAGAGGAUACCAUUCAUCAGAACUCGGAAACAAAUGAACGAACACAUUUGCUACAACAUCCAAUUAAUAGUAGUCCAGCGGUGAUAGCCAACAAUGGCAAUUUUUUACGAGAUAAUCAAAACUCUGUGCCACAAAAAAAUGAAUCGAACGCACUCAACCGGAUAGUACAAGAUUUUGCAACGAAUAUCAUUGACGUUGCAGCCAUGGAUUCACAUAAUUUAGAGCCACAAGAGUUAAACGAUCGCAUUCGUUUGUAUUCACAUAAAUUGUCACAACAAUGGGGCACACUGCAAGAGGAUACAACAAGCGUUGCCAAUGGAUUGUUAAAAGAUAUUCCGAGUAGUGAAGCAGAGCGUUUAUUAUUGGCUGUUCCGAUUCUUGAUGCCGAUCUCCACUUAAUUCGAAAUUUCACACAGAAAUCCUAUGUGGCAUUGAAUGACAUCAAAGUUGAGCACAAAGAAGAUUUAGUUGUACCAUUUUGUAUUCCAUAGUAGAGGUCCAGCUGGCGUCUGUCCAUGGUUUGUGACCGUCGACGAAGAACAUACAACUCCAACCAUAGAUUUAAUAACGAGAUUCGGUGACAUAUAUUUUAUGCAGAAUGUGAGAUAAAAAUUGAAAAAGCAGCCAGCAAAACAGUCUUCAUUCCAUCACCCGUUGAACAGCAAUACAAACAGGCACAGCCGAAUUCGUCGCAAAUGUAAAAAAAAACACACAACACAAUACAAACAAAAAAUUUCACAAUUCCCCCCACACAUUUUGUGUGCAGAAUUGUUGGAAACAAAAAUGAAAGCCAGUCGCAAGAAGAUUUACCUCAUACAUUAAUUUCAUCUAAUGGGAAAAAAAAAGAGAAAUCAAAAUAACAAAAAAUAACAAUUUUUUUAUCGAUAGCAUUAACUGUUUUUCUCAAUUCAUGAUUUUGUUCAAUUUUUUUUUUCUUGUAACGCUUGCGUUUAAUAUGGAAGAUUUGUUCAAUGAAAUGCCAGAAAAUCUAUUAAUAUUAAUGAAUUUGUAAAGAUAAAAAACAAAGAACUAUUGCAUAUAUUAUUGGAAAUAAAUUUAAAUCGAAGUUUUAAA